GAGCUGCAAUCCGAAAGCGUUCGUCGAAACAACCAUGUCGGUGGCGGAAGUGUCGGCGGCGAUCGGGAACUUGGGUAAUGUAACCAAUGAGAUGAAGGACAAGGUGGGUCUGUUCGGGUCGCCCCUCGACACCCGUGCAAACCACGAGCUUGUGACGGAGCUCACAAAGCAAGGAAGGGAUAUCGUCCAAGCGGCCACGGCGAAACUGCAGUUGUUAGUGAACUCUGCAUCUGGGGCCGACAAGAGCGCCGCCAGGAAGCUGAGCAAAGAUUUUAAGGCACAACUGACGCUCUUCGAGCAAGUGUGUGCAAGAGCCGUCGCGUCGGAAAGCACCGCCGUUCAAUCGAUUCGAUCCACGUCCGUGCGCCGGGACACUGAACGCGACCUUGCCAACUACAACGAGGACCAAAUUUACACGCAAGCGAACGUCCAAGUGUACGAUGAAGAUGACUUGGCCCGUCGGGAGGAAGACAUAAUCAAGAUUCAUCACAAGCUCGGUGAAAUCAAGGCAGCAUUUCAAGAAGUCGAUGGACUUGUGCAAGAUCAAGAAGAAGUCAUCGUUGAAAUCCACGACAACACCACUGCGGCCGCCGACGAUGCGGCGGCGGCUCUAGGCCAGGUCCAGCAAGCCGACAAAAAGACAGGAUACGCCACGUGCACAUGUUGCUACCUGUGCGCGAUCAUGUAGCGAGCGUCGUAUCUAGCACGUUAAGGUGGCCUUCGGCCUUGCCCGGAAUCGAUUGCAUCAUGGGAGGAGUUUCAAACGCA